UCAUUUUAUUUUCUCCCAUAAAACUCUAUAAAUACCAAAACAAAACAACACUUCCCAUAAACCAUAGUUCACAAAUACAAAUAAAGCAUAAUCAUCUCUUCCAUUUGAUUUACACUUUAACAAACACACUCCAUGGGUAACACAAGUUCUUGCAUCCCUACUACUUCUGAGAUUUUCAAUAACAAAGUAAUAAUAAAGGCUAAGAAGAAAACGGCAACGCUUUUGGACACUUGCGGUAACGUUCGUCAGAUCAAGCUACCUAUGAAAUCAGCUGAGCUCAUGAUCGAACUAAUCGGACACGUCAUCACUCCGGCGGAAGUGCUUCUUAAAACGCGACGGAUCACGGCCUUGCGUGCCGAUGAGGAGCUUGUAGCCGGGAAGGUUUACCUGCUGGUGCCGGUGAGUAGGGUGGAUUCUAAGGCUUCUGAGUUUGAGAUUGCGAUUGCGGAGAGAGGGAGUGGGAAAAGAAAGGGAAAUAAAACGGCGAAAGUUUCACCGGUAUCGAAGUUAACGGAAAAUGACGGAGGCGUUUGCUUUGUCCGUCAAAGACGAUGGAAUCCUGUUCUGGAUCCAAUUUUUGAAUCCUCUUGAUCGUAUAAUGGAAUUUGGCAACAGUUUUUAUACCUUGCGAUGGAAUAUUGAUUUAGGUUUGUUUUUACCAAGUAUUUGCAAAUUGUAAUUACAGAUGAGAUUAGAGUGCCUAUAAUGUUUGCUGUUGCUCAAAA